AUGACUGACGAGGAAGGAGACAUGACGGCCAGAAUGAAUCACCUCUCCCUCGUCAUGGCCGAGAACAAACUGCUCAGAACCAUGAACACCGAAUUGAGAAGCAAGCACACCAGAGAUGUCGAGAAGAUCUCGGAUCUUGAGAACCAGAUCGCUUCGUUUGAACCAUCAGCCAAGAAUGCCAGGGACGCCGACAAGAUCUUCAAUCUCAAGCAGGAGCUUGAUGCUCUCUUCCAAGCCAAGGAAGCAUCGGACAACCUGCUCGAGAUCGCCAAGGCGAAGCUCAAGGAGAGCGAGAAGAAGAACAAGGAACAGGGUCAGGAGCUCAGGAUGUACACCGAAAUCGAGGCAUCCAAGAAGAGGGUGGUGGAGAUGCAUCUUAAGAAAGUCGAACGAGCAAACAAGGAUCAGAAGUAG